UCGUUCGGCUGGGACUGCUGGGCUUGCAGUCUCCACAGCACUGCUUGUUUUUGUGUGUGUGAGCCACCACUUAAAUACUACACACGACUGGAGAACGAAUAGGUAAAGGAGCCCGUUGGCUUUGUAGGAAGAGCGAAGUUGUGGACGAAUGAAGAGACAUUGUUUUUGGACAAAGAAAACAGACUGCCUGGCUUCCAACCAGCGAUAAAGCUACUUUGAUGCAGCCGCUUAGCUAACAAGCUAACUGGGAAUGUUUUCAGAGACUAGCCAGUCGGCUAGCCCGCUAGCUAGCUAAUUCGGAUGGAGAAAGUCGCUGUAUAGUGUAUACAUUAAGCCAACAGUAACAAUGAACAUUUUAUCUUUCGGUACAUUUAGUGAAAGAACUGUGGCAACGUCUCAUACUGAGUAUGUUGAAUAUUUAGGGCUCCAGUGCUUUGUUGCUAAUAUCUAGUAGGGACAAUAGUUUACAGACCAGGCAACAAGUCUGGCACACACUACCGCUUUAACGUUACUCUACUUUGUACCCAUUUUGUGCAAUGGUGUUAUUAGUUACCUUGUUGUUAUUAGUUAGCAAAGCAUCAUACGUAUAGUGGGAAUAAGCGUUUUGAGGAAAGUAUAGGUAAAGAUAUACAAAGGAAAGUGGGGUGCUACUUUAACAUUAGAUCCCCAUGUUUAGGGGGAUCUGGUCACUGAUGUCAUUUAUUGGCGAGGAGGCGAGUUGGAUGAACAUUUUAAAUCGCCCACAUGCUUUGGAUCAGUUCCUGGACUUGUGAAAGGCAUCUGAAGCAGGAGGUGGGUGACUUGAGCACAAGAAGAUGGCGGAGCGUUCCUGCAGAAGGUGGUGAAACCAAAACUUGGGGGCUUCUUGGAUUUAUUGCCAGACAUCUUAUCCCAGAUCGUAGGACACAUGCAGGCCAAAAAACGGUACUUAACUCUGUUCUCCGCCGGUGCGUGUCUCAUCCUGUUGUUUUGUUUUGGAGGGAUACAACUCCCCCUCUCCAGACGGGGUCCCAGCCGGCGUGAUGACCGCAGCCUCACCGGUUAUCACCCCGGGGAGCGGUGGCGUCGCUUCCCGGGGUCCCUGCAGCCUUUCAGCCCCUGGGAGGAGGACCGGGGCGAUAGUCACAAUGAACACAUAUCUCCUAGGCAGAAGAGAGACGCUAACUCAGGCGUUGACUCUGGAAAACGCUGCAGAAUGGACUCCUGCUUUGAUUUCUCUCUUUGUGAGAGGAAUGGAUUUAAAGUGUACGUCUACCCCCAGCAGAAAGGGGAGAAGAUGUCAGAGAGCUAUCAGAACAUUUUAUCCUCUAUUGAAGGAUCUAUGUACUAUACACCUGACCCAGGACAGGCAUGCCUGUUUGUCCUGAGUUUAGACACUCUGGACCGGGACCAGCUUUCACCCCAGUAUGUGCACAACUUGAAAGUAAAAAUCCAAAGCCUUCAUCUGUGGAAUGGAGGCAAAAACCACAUCAUCUUCAAUUUAUAUUCUGGCACCUGGCCAGACUACACAGAAGACCUUGGCUUUGACAUCGGCCUCGCCAUGUUGGCUAAGGCCAGCAUCAGCACCGAGAACUUUAGACCCAACUUUGACGUUUCUAUCCCUCUUUUCUCCAAAGACCACCCUAGGACAGGAGGGGAAAGGGGCUACCUGAAACAUAACACCAUUCCCCCUUAUAGGAAGUACAUGCUUGUUUUUAAGGGGAAGAGGUACCUAACAGGAAUAGGUUCAGACACUAGAAACGCUUUAUAUCAUGUUCAUAACUCUGAGGACGUGGUCCUCCUCACCACCUGUAAGCACGGGAAGGACUGGCAGAAGCAUAAAGAUGCACGCUGUGAUAAAGACAAUGCAGAUUAUGACAAGUAUGACUACAGAGAGAUGCUGUACAACUCCACGUUCUGUCUGGUUCCUCGAGGAAGGCGGCUGGGUUCUUUUCGCUUCUUAGAGGCUUUGCAGGCAGCAUGCGUGCCAGUUAUGUUAAGUAACGGCUGGGAGCUGCCGUUCUCAGAAAUCAUCGACUGGAAUACGGCAGCUGUGAUUGGGGAUGAAAGGCUGCUAUUACAGAUCCCCUCUACAGUGCGCUCCAUCCACCAGGAUAAGAUCUUGUCCCUUAGACACCAGACCCAGUUCUUAUGGGAGGCGUAUUUCAACUCUGUGGAGAAAAUAGUACUGACCACACUGGAGAUCAUCCAGGACCGGGUAAUGCUGCACACAUCAAGGAGUAACCUCAUGUGGAACAGUUUGCCUGGAGGACUUUUCACCCUUCCUCAGUACUCCACGUACCUGGGAGACUUCCCCUUCUACUACGCCAAGCUGGGUGUUAAACCAUACACCAAGUUUACAGCGAUCGUUCACGUGGUGAGUCCACUGGUCUCCCAGUCCCAGCCAGUGAUGAAGCUGCUCCUGUCUGUGGCCAAAUCCCAGUACUGUGCUCAGGUGAUUGUUUUGUGGAACUGUGACAAGCCUCUUCCUGCCAAGCACCGCUGGCCUGUCACCUCAAUCCCUGUCAUCGUUAUAGAAGGCGAAAGCAAGGUGAUAAGCAGCCGUUUUCUGCCCUACGACACCAUACCCACUGAUGCUGUGCUCAGUCUGGAUGAGGACACGGUGCUCUCCACCACAGAGGUGGACUUUGCCUUCACGGUGUGGCAGAGUUUCCCGGACCGUAUCGUCGGCUACCCGGCCCGCAGCCACUUCUGGGACGGCAACAAGGAGCGGUGGGGCUACACCUCCAAAUGGACCAACGACUACUCCAUGGUGCUGACCGGGGCUGCCAUCUAUCACAAAUACUACCACUAUCUGUACACCACCUACCUUCCAGCCAGUCUGAGGAACAUGGUUGACCAGAUGUCAAACUGCGAGGACAUUCUGAUGAAUUUUUUGGUGUCCUCUGUGUCUAAGCUACCACCCAUCAAGGUCACCCAGAAGAAACAAUACAAGGAGACCAUGAUGGGACAGAGCUCCCGGGCGUCUCGCUGGGCCGACCCGGACCAUUUCGCCCAGCGUCAGACCUGCAUGAACAAGUUUGCCAGCUGGUUUGGCAGCAUGCCCCUGGUCCAUUCCCAGAUGAGGCUGGACCCGGUCCUGUUCAAAGAUCAGGUGUCCAUACUGCGGAAGAAGUACAGUGACAUCGAGAGGCUAUAACCCUCCAAAGCCCCCGCCCCCCGGACACUAAAAAGGCGGGGGCGAGGGGGGCGGACACGUCGAGAAGCCUUUCCAUGAUCGCAUGGCUGCAUCAACGGAGACGCAAAUGGGACUGAGAGGAGGAAACUGGAACUGGAAGACAUAAUGGUCUCCUCGGUGGUGCCCUUUUCUACCCUUCCUCGUGUGUAUUGGGGGAUAGCUGAGCACACAUGUCCCACUGAAGGACACCGGAGGACUUUUUAAAAAGGCUCGACUUGGCCAAAGUCACGGGGUUGGAAAUCAUAGGUUGCUGCUUCCUUGUUGAAGCAGUGGAUACCCCCCCCCCCCCCCCCCCCCCCCCAACUCCUCUGUACACUCUGCACAGGUCCCCGAACGUUUCUUCCGAGAGAAUAUGAUUGAUAAUUAUAACUAUGAAGAUGAUUACUCUAUUUUGGAUUGUGUUUAGCUAUUUUUUUUAUACAGUGAAUGAAUGGCCAGCAAUACUCUCUGUAUUGUCUUAAUUGAAACCGAUAGCAGGGUGGGUGAAGAGAGGAUAGACAGCCCACUCACACAGACCUGAGUUAUGAUCUGAUAUUCACAGUGCCUAAAGUUUAUCUAACGGCGUUGGGAUCUGGGAGAAAAAGACACGGCGCAGAAUGAGCACCUUGGUCUUGCUGCUUUCCAUUUAGUUUUUCGUGAUUUGCUUUUAAAUUGAUGGAAUAAUGGAUCUCGCAGUCAAGUACAGCAUUCAUAUUUCUGAAGUAAAAAGACAUUUAAUUUGUAUUUAGUUGACGUACAAAAUCAUGUGCCAUUCUGAACAUUUUCAGCAUCACACAACUAGCUAGACUCACUGAAUAUGCUAUGUGGGAAUUGAUAUCCACAUGACGGAAAUAGAAAUGCAGAAAUUGAAUUGAGUUCUGUAUAUUAAUUUUUAGCAAGAAUUCUUCCUCAUGUCUCUUCUUCAAUUUUGAAAGGCUUAUAUGAAAAGCUUGAAUUAGUACAUGAGUAUGUGCUGGCCUGGAGAAUAAUAGAUCACAAGAGUUGUCUUGGUUAAAAGAGGAUGAGCUUGCUAAAUUCAGCCAACCAAUCGUCUGUUUUAAAUAAAAAACAAUAACAACAAGGCAAUGAAUCUAUGGGCUUAGAUAGCGAGGGAUAUUUAUACACAGUGAUUGUUUAUAUGCCAUAAACCCAAUUUCAUUUAGUCCAGUGGCCCAGGCUGACAAGUGACGUGAGCUAACUCUGCUUUCAUCUAGAAGCAUCAAACAAUGCUUCAGUCAGAGCUGGCAUCAGAACAAAAAGACUACUCAAUUUGAACAAUAUGACCAGACUGACAAGAAAUCUGAACAAGCAUUUGUGGAACAUUUAAAAAAGCAUAGGACAUGUUGAGUUAUGCAUACCAUUUUUUAAUUUGUGGUAUUUCUUUAACAUAAAUACAUGAAAUAAGAAGCCUUUCAAUCUACACAGUAUUAGCAGAAUGCAGAAUUGUGUCCUUGAUAAUCACAAACGUAAACACCAAUUCAUCUCAGUUGGAUUCUGAUUGGUAUUGUGCUUUAACACAUUCAAGAGGCAAAGUGUGAAACCAGGAUGUUCCAAGUAUAUAUUAAUAAUUCUGUCGUUGUCAUAUAUCUUGAUCUGAGACUAAUUAACUGCAAAUUGGUCAAUUGAAUAGCAGUGGAACUUCACAGGGCUAAUUCAUUCAAUUAACUUAAAAACAAAUUGUUCUUCAUUUUGAUUCCGCCUUGAUACGUCAUAUCAGCUUAUCCAAACUAGUUACACAAUUUGAUGGAUUUAAAAUGUGCCCAUGUAUUUUUAAAUCACAGAUCUGUCCAUGAAGUAUCGCUCUAAAGCCAGCAACAUUUCUCGAGAACAAUCUAACCAUACCUGCCCCGACGCCUCCUGUGGUAGCUUUCAUUUUGUGAGGUAAACUUCACCAUAAUAUGUGCCAAUAGAUCAUAAAUAAAAAAAUGUUAACACAUUUUCAUCUUACAAGGAUAUUCAUACUAGAGAUGCCAUGCAUUCCCAUUUUUGUUUGGUUCAUUCAAAGUAUUCCUUGUCUACAUUAGAAAGUAAAAUGUGUGAGACAGAGGGGAAAGGAAGGGUGUAGGUGUGAGAGAUUUGUGCUGCAUGGUAUUUUUACACGUCUUAGAAUGUGACAUCAGCUUCACAGCAGAUAAACAAUCCCGGCAUUACUAAACACAGUGCUAUCAAGACAACUGAAUAUGGUCGUAAAGAGAAUCACAUUUCAGAAAUGAACUUGGUGCAAUAUUUAAGAUAAUAUUUUCUCUAUCUUUCUCUCCUUCCUAAGGUUCUGUUUCAGUUAUAUAUUGAUGUGCCUUCAGAAGAAAUACACUUUUUUUUUCUCAUCUGGCUUGUGCGAAAAACAGGUCCUAGUUUUCAUUUCAUUGUCUUUUUUUCUUUAUCAAUAUCCAGUAACACAUAAAGGCUCCCUAAAUGAUAUUGUUUAACACUGGAAUGCUACCAAGACUUAUCACUACAUCUGAUGCUGACAUUCCUGUAGGAACUUGUACAUGUACCACAUGCAUAAUUCUCUCUUACACAGUAUUUGUGAGGCAGGAUGUCAUCCCCACUGAAUCUCUGCCUGCUUCCUUCCCUCUCUUCCGUAAAUGCAGACCUAAUUUUAUAGAGAUUAAACUGGAAAGAUAGGGGACAAUUCACCAUUUUGUAAAAUAAUUUUAUAAAAUAAAAACUCAAAUAAAAUGUUUGAUUAAAAAA